AUCGAAUGCUGGACCAUGUCAGUGUUACAUUGGAACGCGGUAUUGCAAGACGCAUUGGUCGGUCAGUAAGGGGCAAUCAUCAAGUCGAUACAAAUGCGAUAGAAAUUUGCAAAAUGUUAUGUUUUCACAAGGAUUACUGUAUAGUAACGGAAAGGUGGAUUCGAAGGAGAAGGUCAAAAGAAAGCCCUGACACAACAAUUCAAUGACUCAAGAAGCCGGGUCUCAUAGAGGCUGGUUAGCAAGGGCCUAGCGAUAAACUAAUUGCAAGAUCCCGUAGGCCAGGGGAACGGAUCGCUUCGGGGUAUUGACCAGCGUGCGCUAAGACUAUGACACAGAGGACCGAGGACUAAUUAACCAAUGUGUCAGACUAUUUUGAUAUUCUUUGUCCUCUUCACACAUACAAUCGCAAGAUGGAAAUACAGCCUGAGCCAGUAGCAGCGGCUGAGACUGAGAAAGCAGCUGCUGACGAGCCUCAGUUGGUGACCUGGACAUCACCAGACGACAAAGAGAAUCCAAAGAAUUGGUCCAAGGUUCGCAAAUGGAGAGCGACAGUUUCAGUGUCUGGGUUUGUAUUGAUGAACUCGCUCUCUUCGACCAUUAUUGCCCCUGCACUCCCUCAAAUUGCAGAUUCGCUUCGAGUCACGAACGAUGCGGAGCAAAUCUUGAUUCUCUCCAUAUUUGUUUUGGGUUUUGCAUUUGGGCCUUUUCUUGCUUGUCCGUUGUCCGAAAUUCACGGCCGCAUUAGAAUCAUCCAGUCAUGGAACUUUUUGUAUCUCAUCUUCAACACUGUUUGUGGCCCGGUAAAUUCAGCUGGAGCUAUGCUGGCACUUCGUUUUAUGGCCGGAUUCUUUUGCAGUGCAUCCCAGGGGAUUGGAAGCGGUGUGCUCUCUGAUCUCUUUACCACCAAGGAACGUGGUAGGGCUAUCGCAGUGUACAGCAUUAUGCCACUCAUAGGUCCGGUUAUUGGACCGGUGCUUGGAGGUGUGAUUGCACAACACACUACAUGGCGUUGGACAUUUUAUACCGCUUCUCUGCUUGAUGCAAUCAUUUUGAUACCGAGUUUCUUCACACUCGAGGAAACCUUUACACCAGUGCUUCUGCGACACAAGAAAAGACGUCUCGAAAAAGAAACUGGGCAGCGUUACUUUACUGAAUACGACCACUUGGAUCAAGCAGGCGCCGAGGUAUACAAGUUAGCGAUCAUUCGUCCGAUCAAAUUGCUCGCUACGCAGCCUAUCAUUCAGGUAAUGGCCGUCUAUAACUCCUUUCUAUACGGUCUCAUUUACAUUCUCUACGCCAACUUUCCGUCACUAUGGACAGACAUCUACCACGAAACACCCGAGAUCUCGGGAGUGAACUAUUUAUCUCUUUUUGUCGGCUCCCUAUUUGCCGCCGAGCUCUGUACCCACGCCAUUGACCACAUUCAGAGACACCUCUCCGCAAAACACAAUGGUGCACAUUUUCCCGAAUUCCGAAUGCCGAUUAUGCCGCCUGCAACCAUUGUCCUGGCAGCCGGCAUGUUCCUGUAUGGUUGGAGCGCCGAGUACAAGACCCACUGGAUUGUGCCCAAUAUCGGCGCCGCAAUUUUCAUGGGCGCCGCCAUGGCAUGCGCCAUUGCCGUGAACAUGUACAUGAUUGAUACAUAUGGCAAGUUUGCAGCCAGCGCGUUAGCAGCCAUUAACAUGCUACGGCAAAUGUUUGGCUGUUUCUUUCCGAUUUUUGCACCGUCAUUGUAUGAAAAACUAGGAUAUGGUUGGGGUAAUAGCAUCCUUGGGUUUAUUGCAUUGGGUAUUGGAUUGCCGGCCGUCGUUAUGCUCUGGAAAUUUGGACAUGCCUUGCGGCGACGAAGUCCCUAUGCUCAGGACAGAAAUGAUUGACUUCAGGAGCUUAGCCGGUGAAGGAGGAAAUGUGCAUUUUGCUUCUAGAACAUUGGUGGAUAUUAUUUAUCAUAGUGUUACUUUAGAGCUUUGUAUUCUCAGAAAGAAGGCCGAAUGUCUCUCAUAAUGCAAUGUCCAAUUCC